UUUGCACACGACACGCUCCGUCACUAUGGCUGCGGAAGACGCGCAGUGCUAGUGAUAAAACUGUAUAGGCCUGGUUUGAUCUGUAAGAUCUGAAAUGGCUAAAAUGUACCAUCGGGAGAAAAGCAUUCAGCUAAAGAGCAGUGCUUCAGCGCUCUACAACAACCUGAGUGUUUUGCGCUUGGCACCCCGUUCCCUCACCCAUUUUGCAGUGGUGCACGCCAACGUAGUGAACCUAGUGAGUGCCUCAUGGGAUGGACUCAACUACUCACACAGACAGCUGCAGUCCAAAGAGGGCAAUGUGGCCACCAGCUCCUCACUCAUCAUGCAGGCAGCUUGGUGCGUUCUUCCGUCUAGAGAUCUUCUAGCUGUCGCUUCUCAGAAAGGGAUUCAGAUGUAUGAGUCUGAUGGAUCCAUUAUGGUAUACUGGCAUGCACUGGACACACCAGAGACACCCACAGCUAAGGCCAUUUUUGCACGAGGGAUCGCCGCUGUCAGAGACAAAUACAUCUGUGUAGGGCUGUCGUCUGGGGCAGUGCUUCUGUUUGAUGUACCCAGUAAAGGAAGCAAUAUCACUUUGUCUGAAGUACUGGAGGAACACACUGAAGCUGUCACAGACAUGGCGUCCGAAUGCUCAGGCAGUACGGAGUACGUUGCAGAUUUGGUGAGUGCCGACGACUCAGGCGUUCUGUGUGUAUGGAAGUCUGGUGAGGAUUUCCAGCUCCUCAACAAGAUCCCUGGAUUUGAUAUGAGUUGUUCAUCAGUGAAGCUAUGGAAAGGCACAGUCAUAGCUGCCUAUGGCACGGGCCAAAUCCGCCUCUACGAGGGUGUCACUGGAAUACUGCAUGCUGAGGUUAAUGCCCAUGCUCGCUGGAUCUACUCCCUCGAUAUUGCUCCUUUCACUGGACUGCUGCUCUCAGCUGCUGAGGACUCCUUCGUUCGUGUGUGGCAUUUAAACCCAGCUCCAGACAACAACAGUGUAGAGAUCGAGCACCUUUACAACGAAUGUGUGACCGACACUCAGAUUUGCGGCGCCAAGUUCUGCGAUGGUGACGGCUUUGCUUUCGCCGUCACUGGCUAUGACCUAAGUGAGAUCAUCCGCUACACACAGGCAUAAAUGGCUCCCCCAGUAGAACUUUAGUAGUACAAAAGGCACAACGCUCAGCUGGUACAAUUUAAUUGUUCGUCUGUGAGUUCAAACAGAUUACGGGAACAACGUGGCUAGCCAGACAGACUGUCUGUACUGCAUGGUGAGCUGAACAUCGGUUCUACACAGGCCUGUGAAUGCCAUUGCUUCGCUCUUAAUGUGGUCAUGUGGUCUAAUUUAGUCUUAUGUGAACUCAUUUGAGUGUGACCUUGUUAAAAAGAGUAGCCAGACUAAUGUAAUGGCCAUUUUUCAGGACACUAUCACUGUAGUUCCUUUAUGAAGAGGUUUGUGGCAUGUCAUGUCGAGUGCAAAAGUUUACAUUCCCAUUAGGACAAAAUGGAAGAUACAGAGAAAUGUAAAUGUUUAGUGUGUUGAUUUUUGGGACAUUAAAAUAUUAAAA